ACCCUUGAAUUAGGAUUCCUGGGGGAGCUGGCAGGAGGAGAAUGGGGUGUUCCCUGUGGUUCCACUUUAGACCUACUAUUUGAGAUCCCGGAUUCUGACAAGUUUACCGAACUUGGAAGACACAGAUGUCAAGGUCUGAAGGUUUGUGGAUACCCCCAGGCCGGGCUUCAUGGAGAAAUCUUUCCUGAUUACUAACAUGAAUCCCAGAGCAGCCUCGGGCGCCUUUCCCUGGACAGGAUGAGAGGCCAACUGUAACCAGACAUAACUGGCCAUCAUGGGGAAACUGAUCAGGAUGGGGACACAGGAGAGGCGGUUACUCCGACCAAAGAGGCUUCAUUGGAGUCGCCUCCUUUUUCUCCUGGGAAUGUUGAUCAUUGGUUCCACUUAUCAGCACCUGAGGAGACCCCAGAAUCCCCCCUCAAUGUGGACAAAAGUCUCUUCCCAGCAGCCUAUUAAACUGGCCAUCAGGGACCUCCCCAACAAUGAGAUGACAGUGGUGGGCAGUGACCCUCCAGAAGCUAGCUCUGAAGUGGAAGAUGAGAUGCUAGCAGCCCAAGACAAAGUGAUCAUGGAUGAAGCAGCACCUAGCAUAGCGAUGGAGGACACCCCCAAUCCACCUGGAACAACCAAGAUCCCUCCAACAUCACUAAAGAACAAUGAUAGCCCUACAACAGCUGCCACAAGAAGACAAAAAGAAAACAUCCCACCCACACCUAGCAGAGCACCAAGUCACUUCAUCUGGACUUCAGGCAGACAGAGAGUAAAAAGCUAUACACCAAAACCCAGGGGAGAAAGGAAGAACUCCAGCCCAACUCACGCCAGGGAAAAAGGAAGGACAGGUACCCCAUCCCCAGCAGAUGCACCACGCACCCUCCGCCCCACCUCAACAGAAAGAGCCAGUGAAACCAUGGCAACCUACAGGAUGUUGGAGCCCCGAUCUGAGAGAACAGCAGGAGAAACCACGGCAGCUUCUCUCAAGAGAAUGGUUCUGAACACCCCGACUUUCUUAACACGUGAAGUAGAAACAAACCUCGUGACUUCUCCAAGUUUGGUAGAAAAGAACACUCUGGAAAGUCUUAGAAGAGGAGGAAGAAACAGCUCUACCACUCCCCAGGGGGCAGUCCCGCAGCACACCUCUGCCACCUCUGAGGAGCAAAUGACAGUAGGCGCCAGGAUGGGUAGCAUCCCAGUGACCAUUGAAGGUUCUACUGCUGCCCGGAGAACUAGCAAUCCCUUGCCCAGAACCAGUGCACCAGCCAUUAGAAUUGCCUCAACCACCAACAGGGAAAAGAGAGCUUCCAGAGCACACAGCACCCUAGUAACUCCCAAAGGCAAGGCAACCGUGACCACACAGGUGCACCGCUGUGUGGUGGUGGAGCCAGCCCCAGCUGUACCCAUGAUCCCAUCUCCGAGCAUGACAAGCAUCCUGUUCCCAGAGGCACCAGGUUCCAGUCCUUCGGCUUUGCCACCUGGCUGGCCAAACCUCCACCCCAAGGCAGAGUAUCCCCCAGACCUGUUCAGUGUGGAGGAUCGACGACAGGGCUGGGUGGCCCUACACAUCUUCGGCAUGAUGUAUGUGUUUGUGGCCUUGGCUAUCGUGUGCGAUGAGUACUUUGUCCCAGCCUUGGGAGUCAUCACAGACAAGCUGCAGAUCUCCGAGGAUGUGGCAGGGGCCACAUUUAUGGCUGCUGGAGGCUCGGCCCCAGAGCUCUUCACUUCUCUCAUUGGUGUCUUUAUCUCCCACAGCAAUGUGGGUAUUGGUACCAUCGUGGGCUCUGCUGUGUUCAACAUCCUUUUUGUCAUCGGCACCUGUGCCCUCUUCUCCCGGGAGAUCCUCAACCUCACCUGGUGGCCCCUGUUCCGAGACGUCUCCUUCUACAUCCUUGACUUGUCCAUGCUCAUUGUCUUCUUCCUGGACAGUCUUAUUGCCUGGUGGGAGAGCCUGCUGCUGCUGCUGGCCUACGCUCUCUAUGUGUUCACCAUGAAGUGGAACAAACAGAUUGAGCUCUGGGUGAAGGAGCAGCUUAGCAGGAGGCCAGUAGCCAAAGUCAUGGCCCUGGGAGACCUCAGCAAGCCCAGUGAUGAUGCCGUUGAGGAAAACGAACAACAGGACAACAAGAAGCUGAAGCUCCCGUCUGUGCUGACCCGAGGGAGCAGCUCGGCCUCGCUGCACAACAGCAUCAUCCGCAGCACCAUCUACCACCUCAUGCUCCACAGCCUGGACCCCCUGGGGGAAGCCCGCCCCUCCAAGGACAAGCAGGAGAGUUUGAAUCAGGAAGCCAGAGUCCUCCCCCAGACCAAAACAGAAAGCAGCCCAGAUGAGGAGGAGCCAGCCGAGCUCCCUGCGGUCACGGUCACUCCAGCCCCUGCUCCAGACGCCAAGGGAGAUCAGGAGGAGGAUCCAGGCUGCCAGGAAGAUGUGGACGAGGCUGAACCCAGAGGAGAAAUGACAGAUGAAGAGGGUGAAAGGGAAACCGAGGCAGAAGGAAAAAAAGAUGAAGAAGGGGAAACAGAGGCAGAAAGGAAAGAAGAUGAACAUGAAGGGGAAACUGAGGCAGAAGGAAAAGAAGAUGAACAAGAAGGGGAAACUGAGGCAGAAGGAAAAGAUGAACAUGAAGGGGAAACUGAGGCAGAAGGAAAAGAUGAACAUGAAGGGGAAACUGAGGCAGAAGGAAAAGAUGAACAUGAAGGGGAAACUGAGGCAGAAGGAAAAGAUGAACAUGAAGGGGAAACUGAGGCAGAAGGAAAAGAUGAACAUGAAGGGGAAACUGAGGCAGAAGGAAAAGAAGUUGAACAAGAAGGGGAAACUGAGGCAGAAGGAGAAGAUGAGCAUGAAGGGCAAGGUGAAACCCAAGUAGACGACACCGAGGUGAAAGAUGGUGAGGGUGAAACAGAAGUCAAUGCUGAAGAUCAAUGUGAGGCCACCCAAGGUGAAAAAGGUGCAGACGGUGGAGGGGGAAGUGAUGGAGGGGAUAGUGAGGAAGAGGAGGAUGAAGAGGAGGAAGAGGAUGAGGAAGAAGAGGAAGAGGAGGAGGAGGAAAAUGAGGAGCCUCUGUCCCUGGAAUGGCCUGAGAGCAGGCAGAAGCAGGCCAUCUACCUCUUCCUCCUGCCCAUUGUGUUCCCACUGUGGCUGACAAUACCUGAUGUCCGGAGGCAGGAGUCCAGGAAGUUUUUUGUCAUCACCUUCCUGGGAUCCAUCAUCUGGAUAGCCAUGUUCUCAUACCUCAUGGUAUGGUGGGCUCACCAGGUUGGUGAAACCAUUGGGAUUUCUGAAGAGAUUAUGGGCUUGACAAUCCUAGCAGCAGGCACUUCAAUUCCUGACCUCAUCACCAGUGUGAUCGUUGCCCGGAAAGGCCUGGGAGACAUGGCCGUGUCAAGCUCAGUGGGCAGUAACAUAUUUGAUAUCACAGUGGGCUUGCCUGUCCCUUGGCUCCUCUUCUCUCUCAUCAAUGCGCUGCAGCCCGUUCCUGUCAGCAGCAACGGCCUGUUCUGUGCAAUUGUCUUGCUGUUUCUCAUGCUCCUGUUUGUAAUCUUCUCAAUCGCAUCGUGUAAAUGGAGAAUGAACAAGAUCCUGGGCUUCACGAUGUUCCUUCUUUACUUUGUGUUCUUGGUAAUCAGUGUGAUGUUAGAAGAUCGAAUCAUAUCUUGUCCUGUAUCUGUCUGAUUCAGCCACUGAUGCUCAAGAUGAAGGACAUAGAGCAGACCACCAUGUCAGAAGUUACUGUCCCUCUUACCAUAUCAAUCGAAUACUAAACAUGAUCAGGAAUGUGAACUGGGUAUCGGUGACCCUCAGAAGUGACUGUCAUCAUGACUGAGGCUUCUCUCUGCAAAUAUCUGCAGCUUCUGGUGGAUUAAGAACUUUACCCUGGAAGGGAGGGUUCCUACCACUCAGGCAAGCAGCUGCCAGGCAGCCAGAGGGAUUCCUGUAUGUGACCUGUGGUUACUGUUGGGAUGGCAGAAAUAAGACAAGUACCCUUGCUCACAAUUCCCUGGUCACUCCUGAAGAGCCAUGGUGCGGCAUGCAGGUGUCGAAGGCUUGUUCUCCUGAACACUGCCCUAAACAGACCCUACCACAUGCUAUUCCUCCUGGUGCAAUUGUGAAGCCACAUCAGGUUUGUUGUUAUUGUGAGUUCAGUUAAUGAGUUUAAGAAGGCUUGGGGGCAGGGACAGGAAUAAAUUUAUCAUUCUAUCCCACAGUCCUGUCAAAAUGCAUGCCAAAUUUUUUUGCAUAUGUUAAAAAGAAGAUAACAGCUUUUAUUGUUGCAUUUCUGAAAAAUGAAAUUAAAACAGAAAGCAGCCUAGGGAAUGAAAGUCUGUAUUUGGCUUGAAUUGGAGGCAGAGAUUUGAGAAAGAAAACUACUCUUAGGGCUAUUUAAACAUAUGCACUUACUGGAAAAUCCACAUUCAUUUGCUGCCAUCAGUGGUCACUUCAAAAAAUUAUUCCGACACAGCUGCCCUGCUGCUCUUGGGCAUUUUCUUGCCUAGGAGUGACAAGUGUCACCAAAGAGCCAAAGGAAUGCAUUUGCAGAGGGCCAAAUCUGGCUUAUGCAUGAAGAGAUCUAGGCUUCAUCACUAUGCUCGUAUGCCAACCUAGAUAAGAUUGCAAAGCAAAAGACUAGUCCUUUGAAGAGUUUAUCAGUGGGUCUUAAGACAGUUUACAAAGGAGACACUUCAAAAAUGCUUAGCACAAUGAUGACAUAGCAAGAAAGGAAAGAGUGCUGCUUGUUAUGUAGACCAGGCUGGCCUUGGAUUCACAGACCUACCUGCCUCUGCCUCCUGAGUGCUGGGAUUAAAAGAUGGCUGAGGAUCUAUUUUUAAGGUCACAAAGGACACCUUAGAAAAGUCAUGGUUAAAUAUUUUCUAUGAAGUUCCAUAUGCUCGCAUAUUAAAUAUCUUUGGCCACUGCUGAGGAGGAUGUUAGAAAUACAAAUCUCAUGUCUUUGGUUUCAGAGCACAAGGAACAUGCGUGUCUGCAGAUUAUGCUGCACAUGAUGUCAUUGAUACCAGGAGUGACAUGGUAGCCUGUGAUAAAACAGCAGGACAGUUGGGGAAGAAAAGCAAUGGGUCAUUCUGGUGUUGGAGGGUGGAGGUAUUCAAGUAUUCAUCAUUUAAGAUGGGCUGUACUUCUUCAAAAUUCCCAUUUUUUUUGGAAGUAACUUUUAUUAAAUUUUAAUGAAAAUGGUGGGUC